AUGGAGUCUUGCUACGUAUUCCGUACCUGGGCUGGAGAAGCCCUCACUAUCGCCUGCGCGAUCGGCUUAGUAGCCUCAAUCGCAGGUAUUCUAGCAGUGUACGACGGCAAGCCCGUACCGGACUGGCGUGGCGAUCUCAAUCUCAACGCUCUCAUCGCGCUUCUAUCAACAAUUUUGCGAGCUCUACUGGUCGCCACCGUCGCGCAGAUCAUAUCGCAGAGGAAAUGGGACUGGUUCAGUGUCACGAGUGCCCGGCCGUUGUCAGAUAUCCAGCGAUUCGACUACGGUAGCCGCGGGGCUUAUGGGGCGUUGCUUCUCAUCCCAACUGUUUUUCUCAAGGACUUCGUAACACUUGCUGCCGCUGUCGUGUUACUGCUGUCGUUCCUGGUCGGGCCUUUUGCUCAGCAGGCUAAUGGCGCGGCGCCAUGCUCGUUUCCUAGCGCUACACUCAACGCAUCGCUUCCUUUCGCACAUCGGGUACCCAGGAGUGGCGGCUACAUCCCCUUUACAGGUGGCGCAGAAGGCGGUCCUACACCAGACCUUGUUGCCGCAAUCUUGUCCAGUGUGGUGUUGCCCGACGGCAUCGAGAACAAGAUUCGCACAAGUUGCCCCACGGAAAAUUGUACUUUCAGUGAACUGGGUCCCAGAGCAGAGCUGGAUAAGGCCUUCUUCGACUCUAGUCAAAGCACACAUUCGACGGUUGGAGUGUGCAACAUGUGCAUGAAUGUGGCGUCUUUGGUGACGAGCGAAACCACGAACCUGAGUGAUUACACGCUUCACUCUCUGCCCAGCGGAUUGAACCUAUCAGUAGGAACUGGACAUUUUGAAGUCGCCACGAUGAAACCGACUCCAGACCUCACUUGGAUGGGAACUCUGCUGACGGACAGCGUCAGAGAGGCAUCCAGAUGGGCAUAUGUCAACGCAACUCUCCUCAACAUCCGGAGUAAUCCCGUCACUGCAUCAGUGUGCAGCCUAUAUCCAUGUACGCGUACAUACAAAAGCAUGAUCAAAGACAACGAGCUCCACGAGUGGGAGGCCCCGUCAGAAGCCAUGCGCAUCCAGAUUGCCGGAGCUCACCACGAAGAACUAGACCUUCCCGAUUACAGGAACAGCCUUUCCAACUGGGAAUACGAAUAUACAACAAGAAAAGAGCCCUGUCCGGUAGGACCAUGGACGCUAUACAAAGGAGGUUUCAUUCCUGAAGGCACUGCGACAGCGGAAUUGCAGCUUUUUGACUUCACGCACGAAAGAUAUACGUUUGAGAACAUGACUUGGCCUGAACAAUGUAUAUACCGGCAACCUGCCAGUUUCGUCAAAGCAAUCGCCAUGGUCAUGAACGACGAUAUAUUCGAUGGCUACUGCCAAUCGUACAAAACCCUCGACUGCUCCAAGAACUGCAAGACGAGCGAGUUUUGUCAACUGGAAAGCCCGUCUAACCUGGCUCACAUAGGCGUUAAUGCCGUACUACGACCGCUGGUAGAACACGAAGGCAGCUCGACCCAUUCCAACGUCACAAAGCUUUUCGAUGCCGUAGCGAGUGCCAUGACGAACCGGUUCCGUUUCCAGUACGGCAGCGCGACGGCACGGGAUUUCAGCUACGGCGCGCAUGACCCGCCUUUGGACUUGGUGUAUGGGUUAGCAUGGGAGUCAAAAGUGUGCGUGGAAAUGCGCAUGAAAUGGCUUUUGUUUCCCAUGUGCCUCACCCUCGCCACAUCCAUUCUCUCUGUCUGGGUCAAUUUUACGAGUUGGAAACGGCGGCAUAGCGUACCUAUCUGAAAGACAGUAUCCUGCCGCUAGUCUUCUGCGGCCAGAGCAUUAAACCGCAAGACGACACAUCGUUGUCUCCUCAGAAGUUUGGCAGAGAGGCGGGUGCAGAUAGGAGAGAUGGGCUUAUGGAAGCGAGUAAGAUGGCUGCUGCUAGUCGCGAUAUCAUGAUUACUUUCCAGUGGCCCGAAAGCCCGCAGACGGAAAGAUUUGAGGACAAGCGUGGUCAGGGUGCGAGUUCGACUGCGGCUUUGUCGAAAGAAUGUAGUGUUCCAAGCGUUCCACUGAGGAGAAUGGAUAUUUGG